AUGUUCAUCGAGAAAAAGGAAUCGUUCGAACAUUGCGAAAUCUUCAUUUAUCGAAGCCUCGUUUUGGCUUCAAACCACUCCUACCGCCACUGCAUUCUAUUUGACUUUAUUGUUUUACUUUCAUUCUUUCUUUCUUUCAUUAUUCCUUUCCUUCCUUCUUUGUUUCCUUCUUUCUUUCUUUCUUUCUUUCUUUCUUUCUUUCUUUCUUUCUUUCUUUCUUUCCUUCCUUCUUUCUUUCCUUCCUUCUUUUCUUCUUUCUUUGUUUGUUUGUUUCUUUCCUUCCUUCUUUCUUUCUUUCUUCCCUUCUUUCUUUUAUGUUUCUUUCCUUCUUUCUUUGUUUCUUUGUUUCUUUCCUUCUUUCUUUCUUUCUUUCUUUCUUUCUUUUUCUCCUUUCUUUAUUUCUCCUUCUUUGAUUUGUUUCCUUAUUUCUUUCGUUCUUUCGUUGUUUGUUUCUUUCUUUCGUUCCGUCUUUGUUUGUUUCUUUUUCCUUGCUUCUUUCUUUCUUUCUUUCUUUCUUUCUUUCUUCAUCCUUCUUUGAGUUCUUUCGUUAUUUCUUUCGUUCCUUCUUUGUUUCUUUCCUUCUUUCUUUUUUGUUUCUUUCCUUCUUUCUUUGUUUCUUCAUUUCCUUGUUUCUUUCCUUCCUUCUUUCUUUGUUUCUUUAUUUCCUUCUUUCUUUGUUUCUUUCUUUACUUCUUUCUUUUUGUUUCUUUCCUUCUUACUUUGUUUCCUUCUUUCCUCCUUACUUUUUCUCCUUUCUUUAUUUCUCCUUCCUUCUUUGAUUUCUUUCCUUAUUUCUUUCGUUCCUUCUUUGUUUCUUUCUUUCGUUCGUUCCUUCUUUGUUUCUUUCUUUCUUUCCUUCUUUCUUUCCUUCUUUGUUUUUAUUUAUUCGAUCUGCUUUUUUUUUCUUCUUUAUUUUCUUUUACUUUUUCUUCUCGUUUUUUACUCCUUCUUCGACUUCUUCUCCUUCUGUUUUAUUCUCUUUUUCUUCUUUUUCUUUUUCUUGUUCUACUUCUACUUCUUUUUUAUUUUCCUUUUCUUCUUCUUGCUUUACUUCUUCUUUUUCUUUAUUUUCCUUUUCUUUUUCUUUUUUUCUUUUUCUUCUUGUCUUCUUCGACUUCUUUUUUAUUUUCCUUUUCUUCUUCUUGCUUUACUUCUUCUUUUUCUUUAUUUUCCUUUUCUUUUUCUUUUUUUCUUUUUCUUCUUGUCUUCUUCGACUUCUUUUUUAUUUUCCUUUUCUUCUUUUUCUUCUUUCCUUUUUUCUUCUUUUUUACUUCUUAUUCGACUUUUUCUACUUCUUUUUUAUUUUCCUUUUCUUCUUUUUCUUCUUGUCUUCGACUUCUUUUUUAUUUUCCUUUUCUUCUUUUUCUUCUUUCCUUUUUUCCUUUUUUUAAUUCUUAUUCGACUUUUUCUACUUUUUUAUUUUCCUUUUCUUCUUUUUCUUCUUGUCUUCUUCGACUUCUUUUUUAUUUUCCUUUUCUUCUUUUUCUUCUUGUCUUCUUCGACUUCUUUUUUAUUUUCCUUUUCUUCUUUUUCUUCUUGUCUUCUUCGACUUCUUUUUUAUUUUCCUUUUCUUCUUUUUCUUCUUGUCUUCUUCGACUUCUUUUUUAUUUUCCUUUUCUUCUUUUUCUUCUUGUCUUCUUCGACUUCUUUUUUAUUUUCCUUUUCUUUUUUCUUCUUCUUUUCUUAUUCCUUCUUUUUUACUUCUUAUUCGACAUCUUCUACUUCUUUUUUAUUUUCCUUUUCCUCUUUUUCUUCUUUCCUUUUUUCUUCUUUUUUACUUCACCUUGGAUUCUUUUUUUCCAUCGACAGAUAAUGGAUUUAAGAAAUGUCAAUACAAUUUAUUUUUCUCUGUUGCUCCCAAACCGCCAAUGUAGCCGGUUUUCUGCGAUACACAUCUAUCUAUCUAUCUAUCUCAGUCUGUUUCAUAUCUAUCUAUCUAUCUAUCUAGCUAUCUAUCUCAGUCUGUUUCAUAUCUAUCUAUAUAUCUAUCUAUCUCAGUUUGUUUCAUAUCUAUAUAUCUAUCUAUCUCAGUCUGUUUCAUAUCUAUCUAUCUAUUUAUCUAUCUAUCUAUCUCACUCUGUUUCCUAUCUAUCUAUCUAUCUAUCUCUGUUAAUAUCUAUCAAUCUCUACAUUAAAUCAGAGAAUCAUACAAGUUGUUUUCUCUCACUUCCUCUCUCUCUUUUUCUCUCCCUCCCUUGCUCCCAUCAAAUGUUUCUCGCUCUCUUUCUCCCUCCCUACCUUUCUCCUUCCAUAAUUUUCUCUCUCUUUUUCUCUCCCGCCCUCCAUAGUUUUCUCUUUAUCUUUCUCUCUCUUUCUCUCCUACCCUUCCUCCCUCCAUACUUUUCUCUCUCCGUUUCUCUUUUUCUCUCCCUCCCUUUCUCUGUCCAUACUUUCUCUCUAACUCGCUCUUUUUCUCUCCUUUCCCUACUCCCUCCAUCCAUUUCUCUCUAUUUUCUUCUUUCAUAA